AUGGACGCUUCCCACGACAACGUCGACGAAGAUCCCUCCAUCCUGGACAGCGCACUGUUGGAAAGUCUCUUUUACAACGAAAUGAUGCUCAUGGAGGAAUCCUCUUCCACCAACGCCUUGCGGGCGACCUUAUUCUCUUCCUUGUCUGACGAUCCACGUCACACGGACGCCGUCACCGAUCCGAAUACGUACGCCGAAAAGGCCCUGCUCCGUGAUUUCGGGGUUGAGGGACCGACACGCCUCGAUCCACCCGUAUCACUCUGGCCCUCGACGACCGAGACACCAACAGUGGACGGGUCCAGUAUGGAGUCGUCAUCCUACGUAACGAGUGGGGCCGAACACGACGAAGAGAAAAAGGCCAAACUUGUGACCCAGUUUGCCACCCUGGCGUCACGUUUGGGUAUUACCUUGCCACCGCAAGUGGUCCAAUCCUUGGCCGGAGUUGCCGCUGGAACCAAAGACCAGCAUCCAAUUACAUCCGGCACACCGCCCCGUAAUGGGAACGCACUGGCGACCAACGGCACAGCGGCCAAGAUUCAACCGCGUUCCACCCUCCCAUCUGGCAACAGCGCCGACGCUCUCUCCAGCCACGUCAAACCUUGUGAACAGGUGCAAUUCUUGCACUCCGCUGCCGAAGCCGCGGUGAUGACCGUCACCAAGAAGCGUUCUUUUUCGGAUGCGGACGGGAAUGCCGCCCCCGCCGCUUCCAGUCAGCCCGCGAAACCCGCCUAUAGCAAACGACGGAAAAAGCCCCGGCUGGCCGAUUGCGAACACAAGCUGCUACAUUUACAGACGGAAAACGCCAUGCUCAAACGACAUCUGGCCAACGUCUCGCAAAAGUCGCAGGCGCAGGAUGCGGAGCGCAUCCAAGCCGAAGAGAAAAUGCGGGUAAUGUUGGAACAAAACGCGUCGCCGGAAGAAUUGGAUGCCGUCGUUAGUUACUACAAGGAGAUGUAUUCGGACUACGGACGUCGACGACAUCAAGAAAUUUUGUUUCAUUUGGAACAAUUACAACGCUUGGCCAAUCCAACGAACUUUACCAAAAUGGGACUCUGGACACUAGGACAGCAAAGCAAGGGACCGGAUCCAAUAGCUGGAAUUUUGCAAAAAGAACUCGACAUUCAGCCGCAGCAGGGACGUAAAAUCAUCGAACAACGGCAAAAGAUUCGCAACGUUUGCUCCAAUCUCAAAGAGUGUCUGUUUUUGCUGGGAAAACUGAAGACCUUGUGCGAACAAAAGACUUCUAUUUUUCACGAUCGCAUGACGAAAUGCCGUGAAAUACUCACGCCUCGCCAAGUCGUCAUGCUGUUGGUUUGGAUCAACGAUCACUCACAAGUAUUGCAGAGCGUAUGCCCGGGUUGGGGCUCGGAAUUACGCUCUAAAGUGCCAUAG